AUGUCAUUCUUAUAUAGUCUGUCUCUAAGAAUGACACAGGACUCCACUACAGUAACGAGGAGGCAGAAUGACAGCUCUGUGGUCGAGUUCAUCCUCUUGGGCUUUUCUCACUUUCUGGAACUCCAAGCACACAUGUUUAGGGCUUUCUUGGUUAUUUAUCUGGUGACCCUGAUUGGAAAUGCCAUCAUUAUUGCUGUCAUCUUCCUGGACCAGAGCCUUCACAUCCCCAUGUACCGGUUCCUGCAGAACUUGUCUGUGGUAGAAGGGAGCUUCAGCACAGCCAUCAUGCCUGAAAUGUUAGUGGUCCUGACCACUGAGAAAACCACCAUUUCCUUUGGGGGCUGUUUUGCACAGAUGUAUUUCAUUCUUCUCUUUGGUGGGACGGAGUGCUUUCUCCUGGGGGCGAUGGCUUAUGACCGAUUCACAGCAAUCUGUCAUCCUCUGUCCUACCAAGUGAUUAUGAACAAAAGGGUUUUUAUGAAAUUAGUGAUGUCAUCAUGGGUAUUGGGGAUCAUGGUGGCUACCCUGCAAACCACAUGCGUGUUUAGCUUCCCUUUUUGUGGUCCUAAUGAAAUUAAUCAUAUCUCUUGUGAAACCCCAGCAGCAGUGCUGGAGCUUGCCUGUGCAGACCUUUUCUUCUUUGAAAUCUACGCCUUCGCAGGCACCAUUCUGAUUGUCAUGGUUCCCUUCCUGUUGAUCCUCCUGUCUUACAUUCGCAUCCUCUUUGCCAUCCUGAAGAUGUCAUCCACCACCGGGAGACAGAAGGCCUUUUCCACAUGUGCCUCUCGCCUCACAUCUGUCACCCUCUUCUGUGGCACAGCCAGUAUGACUUAUUUACAGCCCAAAUCCAGGUAUUCACCUGAGACCAAGAAGCUGAUGUCAUUGGCUUACUCACUGCUGACCCCUCUGCUGAAUCCACUUAUCUACAGCUUGAGAAACAGUGAAAUGAAAAGAGCUGUGAUGAAAUUGUGGCAAAGAAAAGUGGUUUUGCAUACCAUCUGA